AUGGACGAUCUUGCUCUACGUUGGCAGAAGCUAACACUAUCAGUGGAUGAAGGAAACAAGGUUGAUCUUUCUUUAAAGAAGAAGGCAGGGGAAUAUGUUUUGGCAGCGAAGUUUUUGAUGCAUCGGAAUAUCAAUAUGGAGGCGGUGGCCUGUACUUUCCGGCCACUCUGGAGAACAAGGGGAAAUUUUGAGGUUAAUGAUGCUAGCAAUAAUAUGGUAUUGUUUGAUUUCGUGCUUGAAGUUGACGUUGAAAAAGUCCUUAUGGGGGAACCAUGGACCUUUGAUAGACACCUGGUGGUUUUCGAACGGUUUGAUGGUUCUAAGUCAAUACAGAAGUUGCAAUUCAAAAUAAAGUCCUUUUGGGUUCAACUACACGAUCUUCCUUUCUCGUUUUUAACACCGGAGGUAGCGGUCAGUAUUGGAGAAACACUCGGUGUCGUGGCAAUUCCUAAGGAUAGAUCAGAGAUGAGAGGUGGCAACUUCAUGCGAGUUCGGGUGGCGAUUGACAUUACUAAAGCUUUGUGUAGAGGAAGACGUGUUUCAUGGAGUUUGGAGUCCGAAGGGUGGGUGUCGUUCAAAUACGAACGGUUACCUAAUCUUUGCUACUAG